AUGCACCUUGAAGCGUGUGCUCAGUCUUCUCGUUUCUCCAUUGAGCCGUGCGCAGUGUUCGUGGAGGAUGGUGAUGAUGGUGCGAAGGCAGUGGCCUCAAAUGACCUAAAGAGUGGUACUGUAAUAUCGGAACUAUGUGGUAGGCUGGUGACGUUUAGGGAAUCAUUCCUUAAGCUUGGGAAAAAUGAUUUUUCCGUUGUCCACAGCACCUACAGGAAGAAAUCGCAGUUAUGGUUAGGGCCCGCUGCCUACGCAAAUCAUGACUGCGAAAGUAAUUGUGAUAUAUACUUUUUGAGAAGCGGUAUGGCGUGCCUCCUUCGCACCAACAGGGAAAUUCAUGUCGGCGAGGAGAUCACCACUUAUUAUGGGGAAAAUUUUUACUAUUUUGGGGAAAACAAUGUGCAAUGCCUUUGCUGCACUUGCAAGGACAAAGGUGAAGGUGCUUUUGCAAACACCGAACCAAUAGAAGCGGAAUCAUGUCUCAUGCAAUGCGCUCAUUGUCCAGCAAGGUUCAGGUUCAAAUCGUGGUUGCUACGUCACUUGUUAAGAUCCUUAGACAUGGCCCAGUUUUCAUGUGGGGAUUGUGGUGUAUGCUUCUUCAGGAAAUCUGCACUGAAGAGGCAUAGCCUGCAAGUGCAUGGUACCGUGCGUAGUAAAGUGCAGUGCGCACUUUGCCACAAAAAAAUCGUUAGAAAGGAAGAUGCCCUUCGACACCAAGACAGAAUACACCACAAGACGUUGCUUCACAAGUGUCCGGACUGUGAAAAAACAUACAAGAUAUGUUGUAUCACCACAAUAAGAGACACUCAGAUAUCAAACCCUUUGCAUGUGUAA